UGUGUGUGUGUACCAAUGUUAGAAAUACAAUCACAUGAUCUCCCCAGGGAGACAGUUGAGAAGACUUUGAGGAAUAAAGAAGAGAAGGUGGGCAGGUUCAGGGUAUGAAAAUACAUCAGGAAGAAUUAGUCCUGGGAAACAACAUAGCCAUCAGCCUGUUGUGAGAAAUCUACGAAGGAAGCAGAAGAUUGGAGCUUUAGGAAAAGGCUACAGUGUCAAUAGAAAGGGUGUAAUUCAGUGGAAAUACCAGUGGGGAAGGACAUGCUGACACUGAGCUGAUCAUGGCAGGGGAUGUAAAGAGACUCAGACGCAUGUUACUGGAAUGCAACAGCAGUGACAAGUUAUGUGUUGUGCGUGAACACCAGACUGAAGUGAUCAUCAUCCCUGUCUUCCUAGUGGGUGUCUUUGUUAUCUUGUUAGGUGUGAUCCUUUGGCUUCGCUAUCAAAGCUGGAGGUCAAAGCAACAACAGCUGCCCAGAUCCCAAGCUGUUGCCCCACUGCCAGCAAAGGAGAAGAAUCAGCAGGAGCUGGGUGAAUCAGGGAACCCCUACAUCCAACUUAGUGACACAACUGUGGAAAGUCUACUAAGAUCUGCAGCCUUGACUCUGAAGGAGCUGGAGAUACCACGGGACAGACUCACACCAGGGUCUUUGGAGCUGAUACACAAUGGCAGUUUUGGGGGCAUCUACAGAGCAGAAAUGAAGACUGGGAACCCUGGGAAGACUAAGACAGUCAUUCUGAAAGCCUUACAGGACAAUGCUGGGCCCAGUGAGGUGAAGGGUUUCCUGGGAAUGAUAAAGUUUCAUCAGUCCCUUGGCCAUCAUGAUACUGUGAUUGAACUUACGGGAUGUUGUAUAGCCCAGCUCCCCCUUUAUAUGAUCCUGGAAGAUGUGUCCCAAGGAGACCUUCUGAACUUCUUGUGGACCUGCCGCAAGGAUGUAAUGACCAUGGAUAAUAUCCCAUAUGACCUCACAGAGAGACAGGUAUACAAGAUCGGACAGCAGGUUGCAGCUGCUUUGGAUUUUCUCCAGCAGAAGAAGCUGUUACAUGGUGACGUGGCAGCCAGAAAUGUCCUGAUCCAGUCUGACUUCACUGCCAAACUCUGUGGGCUGGGCCUAGCUUAUGAAAUUCACACCUAUGGCACCAGUGUCACAAAGACUGUGCCACUCAAGUGGCAGGCACCAGAGCGGCUACGAAUGAAACCUCACAGCAUCAAGGGAGACAUAUGGUCCUUUGGAAUCUUACUCUAUGAGAUGAUCACCUUAGGGGCUCCACCAUUUCCUGAGGUGCCACCUUCUGAUAUCCUACAACACCUUCAGAAACGGAAGAUCAUGAAGAGGCCCUCAACCUGCCAACCAGCUAUGUAUAGUAUCAUGAAGUCCUGCUGGCGGUGGGGUGCGACAGAGCGGCCGUCACCUGCGGAAUUGCUCCAUCGCCUGCAAAUAGCAGCCAAGAGCAGCAAUGACCAAGUGGUGCUCCAGGUGCCUGAGCUGGUAGUGCCUGAACUCUAUGCUGAUGUAGCUGGUGUUGAUUUGGGGAGUCUUGCCAGGAACUACACUAUACUCUGAAUUAUGCUUCUGAGUACUGGGAAGGACUGUACCUCUAACUUUGCCCCUCUUUGGAGAUACCAUGGACUGACCCUUCUGGAGCUCAGAAUGGGCGUGUAUUGGGAGAGGUUCCUCGUCACUUUUUAAACUGCAGAAUAAACAUGGGCAGUUGGUGAAGAUAGGACUGGAGGAGGCAAGCCCCCAGCUCCACCUCCAGCCCUGCCCUUUCUGCUGCAUACAUGCCCACCUCCAGCCAUGGGAAGGGGAGUGGGUGGGCACAUGUUCAGCCCAGCCUCCCUGAUCCUGUAGUGGGAAGAGGACACAUGGCGAGGCCUAACCUCCCAGCACCAGGGGAGGGAGGAGGCUGCAUGGCACAGCCCCAGCCCUAGAGCACCGGGGGAGGGAGAAGGGUGCAUGGCUCUGGUCUCCCCACCCAGAGCAGGUGUUCUGGGGGAAGAGUGUGGGCUGGGCCAUGCCUGGAGAUUUAGGAAGGCAAAGCUUCCCCUGCCUAGCCUACUGGAUACCCAUGGGUAUGUCUACACUACAAAGUUAAUUCGAACUAACGGACGUUAUUUCGAAUUAACUUUGAU